AUGAUGUCGCGCAGCAGACCCCGCGGCGCUCAGCUCAAGGAUGACGCCGACGAGGAGCGCAGUAUCUGGAACCAGCUCCGCGCUGAUGCCAAGAAGGUCGAUGCACUGGUGAGGGAAUCCAAUGAGAUCGAGAAACGCAUCUACGAGCUCGGAGUGGCACAGCAAGCUAUUGAAGGCCGGGGUGAUAUGCCUCCAGCUGAUGUUGACCAUGAACUCGACGACCUGGUCCGCAAAAACAUUCGUCUUCACGAGGCCAUCAGCAGCCUGACGGACGGCUCUUCGUCUGACAGCAACAUGUCCAUCACCCAAGGACUCGAACUCCUCUCGGCUCUCCGUGCCGCCUCGGCCAGCUCGCCGGAUACCAUCUCCAACGGCUCCCGCCACGCCAGCUCCAAGGUCCAGCGCAACCCAAAGCGGAACAAGCUUGACCAUGCGUCCAACGACGACACCGACUCCAUUGCCGACUCGCCAAAGCCGUCUCUGAGCUCCGGAGUCAAGGAUCGCCUGGGCGUCGGAAGCAGCAAAGCCGGAAGCAGGAGUACCAGCGUUGGCGCCGGACGCGAGACUAGUGUCAAGGUUGAGGACGGCAACGACAGCAUGGACAGCGUCAAAGUCUCCACCGUCGGCGACCGUCAUCGCCUCAGUGUCGGCACUGAGGUCUUUUACCGCAACAAGCAGAAAAACACUGAAGGCGAGGGUAUCCUGUGCAGCGUUACUUCCGUCAUCGGGGAGGGCAAACAACGGCGGUAUGAGAUCAUCGACUCUGAUCCGGACCCCUCUACCCCCUUGCAACCAUACCGCGCCUCUGUCAGCAACCUUGUUCCCAUUCCGGUGACCAAUGCUGGCCUGACCGAACUACCACUCCGGAAAAACGUCCUUGCUGUAUACCCCGGCACGACCACUUUCUACAAGGCCGAGGUAGUUGCCUCUCGGGCAGGCAAAGGCCUGAAGAAGGAUGGAAAGGAAAUCGGCGGGUCCCUUGGCGAGCUCAAAGACGGCUUCGUCCGACUGCGCUUCGAAGGCGAAGAUGAGGCUGAUCGCGAGAUGGAUGUGGAGAGACGAUAUGUCCUGCCCGAGACUGGAAGAUAA